AUGUCUGGACCAGUUGUGGCUAUUGCCGGCGCUACCGGCCACCUCGGACGCUACGUCGCAUCUGCUUUUCUCUCCCCUCGUUUUAACAACCAAUUCUCUGAUGUCAUCAUCCUCUCCCGCAAUGAAUCUUCUCCAGACUCAUUAAAAACCAGCGGGAAGUACACCGCACGAAAGUACGACGAGAACAACCUCGUCGAAGCCCUCAGCGGAGUCCAGAUUCUCGUAAACACCGUCGGCCCCUCGGGUCAUUCAUUCAAGGAGAAGCUGCUCCAGGCCCUCCCACACACCGGCGUCCAAGUCUACUUCCCCUCUGAAUUCGGCGUGGACCACUAUGUCCACGACUUCCUGCAUCUCGAAUGGGACACAAAGAAAAAGCAUUAUGCUCUUGCGCAGAAAUUGAUUCCCGACACGAAGAUCUGUCGCGUGUUUUGCGGGCUCUUCAUCGAGGAUAGUAUCGGGCCGUGGUUCGGCUUUGAUACUAAGAACGGGCGAUACGAGAGCGUUGGGUCAGCUCGAUCGCCCAUCUCGUUUACCGCGCUUGAAGACGUGGGGAGGGUGGUUGCGUCGCUGGCUACGCUGGCUAGGGAUGAGAUACCCGAUACCGUGCAUGUUGGUGGUGAUACGUGCAGUUUCCUGGAGAUCGCCGAGAUUAUGAGAGAUGGCGGGGCUGGGCAGAUUGAUGUUUCUGAAACUCCCCUUGAGGAAUAUAAAGAGGAGGUCACGGCCAAGGCGUCGUGGGAUCCAGCGCCGUAUCUACGGUUUUUGAUGGGGGAGAAUAAGAUGAGCCAUAGUGCUGGGGCUCUUGGCAAUGACAAUACGCUCGUGAAUCCCAAUGGAGACUUAUGGACGUGGAAGAGUUUGACAGACCUGGCCCGGGAGACUAAUGGCAAGCCUUGGGGGGAAUUUCCUUGGCCUCCAGCGUCAUUGAGGAUAUGA